AUGAUACGUGGUAACUGGAGUCUAGCACAAGAGUUUAAACAAAAUGAAAGAAAGCAACAAUCUAGAGUACAACAGCGACAGAAGCAUCAACACAAGUUAGAAAAGCUCAAGAACAUUGAUCCAAUAAAAUUGUAUAAUAAGAUUAAGAAUUUAGAGUCCAAAGAAUCAGGAUCUGAUAGAGAUGAGGAUCAUUUGAAAUCAUUGCAAGAGGACUGGACGUUCAUUGAAAAACACGGCCUACAUAAGGUCAAAAUUAAGAAGUUUCUAGAGGAGAAAGGGAAACAAGAAAGACAUGCGUUAAGGUUGAAGAAUAAGUUAUGGGCAAGUAAAUCAAUCUAUUUUAAUCCGGAGUUGAACCCCUUAGGAAAAGUGCCCAACAUAGCCAAUCUUGAUGAAAGCGUAGCUGGUGAAUUAAAGAAUUUGACAAUACCACUUCGAGAUAGGACACAUUACGAGCCAGAUCCACUAAUUGCAAAAUUGAAUGUGAAAUUGCCCGAUGGAAACCCACCGAAAUUUUACAAGCUCAUUCAAAAUACGGCAAGGUCAAAGAUGUCAGGGCAAGAAGAUAUAAAGAAAACGUCAUUGGAAACUGAAACUUCUCUGUCAAAUGAUACUUAUCUUGAACAACUACUGCAACUAUCAAAUUCCGAUCAAGAUCAUGUUUCGGACGAGCUGGAACUGGAUAAAGGCUUCGAUUCAACAAAUGAACCAAAUUUGAAAAAGAUACGGUACAAGUGA